AUGGGUCGACCACGGGUUCUUUUCGCUGGUGAGGCCACAAUUGAUAGUCAAGGAGGUCAACAAUGCACCCAUGGUGCCUUUCUCACGGGAGUUGAACGAGCUUUUGACAUUUUGGAUCACGUUCAACAAGGUGGUCGUUGUCGACUUCGUGACGUACGAAUUGUUGACUAUCUAAUGGGUCGUGGAAAUCGGGCCCUUCCUCCCCACUCCAUGCUACGUCGAGGUCAAACAACCUCCUGUUCUAGUAGUACCAGCACAACUAGCACUAGCUCCCGUUCCACACCCCAGCGUGAACGUCGUGGAAUGAACCGUCGACAGCGUCGUGACUCUGGAAAUGCAAGCCUAGACGGUCUGGAUAAUUUUUCCUCCUCUCCAUGUGCAUCUCUUUCUUCAAACUGCUCAUCCAACUGCUCUACAAUCGCAGAAUCACAACGAGAUCAAACGGAGAGAUGUUCAGAACUCCAGAGUCCUUUCAAAGUGGCAGAAGAUGAGAGAGCAGCUUCACCGCCUCCCAAAAAGCGUUUUUGCCAACGACCUGAAGAUGACGGUGACAUCGAGGUCGUGUCCUUUGUAUCUCUUGAAACUUUUAGGCAGCUUUUCAACCUCCUCCCUCUAUGCAAUCUUCCGGCUCUUGAAGCACCGAAAUCUUAA